AUGAUGCGUGUACGUGAUGUGGUUGAGGAAUAUUUACAAAAUUCAACAUUACAUGGAGCACGUUUUAUAGUGGAUAAAGAGUUAACCUGGUUGGAAAAGACAUUUUGGGGUUUAUGUCUGUUGGCCUCAUGGUUUGCAUCGUGGAAUUUAAUUAAGGUGUCAUUGGCUGCUUUUGAAAAUAAUGCCAUCAGCUUUGGUGUAGAAUCCAGUUACCGUGAUUGGGAGACAAAUUUCCCGGCUAUAGUAGUAUGUGAAUCCAAAAAUAUGGAUAGAAUACAAGAAGUGGCAGAGCAACUCUGGGGCGCUGACCACGAUUUCACCUUAGAAGAAGUUCUUAGUGAAAUAGCUUUCUUUCGUGGCGAAUCGUAUCACACAGUACACGAGUGUGGUGGUGAGGAACCAUCGGAAAAUUGUUUCUAUUCAAAUUUCUCCUAUUAUGCUCAAUUGGUUCGUAGCAGUUGUGAGAAUACCAUUAAGAAUUGUUUGUGGAAUAAUAAACCUUUAGAAUGUUGUAAAUAUUUUCAACGCAUGGAAACCGAAUUGGGUCUCUGUUAUGCUAUAAAUUCUUUGCAGGCAGGAAAGAAUAAUGGCCCAAAGUUGAGUAUGUGGUCAAAUCGUUACACGGGACCGGGUGCAUUGCGAAUGGAUAUUUAUACGGAGGCAGUGGUACGUUGGCAACAAAUAGAUAUUUUACAAAAUACUGGAUUUUUGAUUAAUAAUAGAAGAAUAAGUUCAGUUUGA